GCUUAACCGAAUUUACUAAUCUUUUUUCCCCUUUACUUCUACAUAUUUUUAUCAUUUAAGCCGAUCAUUAUUUCUUUUUUCAUUAGGAAAAAACAAUCUUUUCUGUUACUCGACAACUGAAACAAUCAAAUAAGUAUGGAAAUAGAAGAUGAUAGCCGCCAUGAAGAAAUCAUCAGCUCCAACAACAACGAUCAUAUCCAUCAAAUCCUUCGAGAACUCAAAGGGAAGAAGAUAUCUAAAUUCAUCCUCCUCUUCCUCAACAUCGUCCUCAUCCUCAUCGGCGGCAGCGGCGGCCCCCUCAUUCUCAGAUUCUACUUUCUCCAUGGCGGCAAACGCAAAUGGUUCAAUGCCUUCCUUCAAACAGCCGGCUUUCCCUUCCUCCUCGUCCCCAUCUUCUUCUCCUUCUUUUGUCGUCACAGCCGUACCAAUCGUCGCCGCUUCUUACUCACUCCCACUCUCCUUCUCCACUGCACCAUUAUCGGCCUCAUCACAGGUGAGGCUUGCAGCAUAAAUAAUGCGAUACCAAGAGAGGGGAAGCAUUUUGGUGGGCAUGGUGAGGCAGAGUACUACCAAGUUAUUUUCUUCGCCGCCGUUCUUGCUCAGUUCUUCUUACUAGGUGUAGUGGGAACCAUUAAAUACUCCUCCGCUUUGCUCGGCGGCAUUAUCGUGGCUGUCUGCGUACCCGUUACAGAAGUUUUCGCAGUCUUCUUCUUCCACGAAAAGUUUGAUGGAGAGAAAGGAGUUGCUUUAGCUCUUUCUCUUUGGGGCACUGCUUCAUAUUUCUAUGGCGAGUAUAAAGAAUAUAAUAAUAGCAAAGCUGCUCAGCUUCUUCCACUUUCAGUGAUUUCGAAGUCCACAGAGGAGUCUGUUAAAUAAUGAAGAAGACAGUAGUAAUGGCUGAACUUGAAUAUUCUUAUUUAACAAUUAAUUCGAAGUUCGUUCUUUAUGUUUAACGGAUUGUAAGUAACUUUUAUUUCGUUCGAACGCUGUUUUAGUUUAGCAUUGCU